AUCGAACCUGGGACCCUAGUACUUUGAGACAGCACUGCUAACCAUUGAGCCACUGUGCCACCCUAAAUGAUCUGUUCCGUGAUUUUCAGGAAUUUCACCAUUUAAAUUAUGUGUGGUACAUUUAAAGAGUUGGGAAUAAACAAAAGAGAGAGUUAAAGUAUAUGACAAGCAUUGUAAAGCUGAAUUAAUUAAAUGCAAGAGCAAGAUAUUGAGAAAAGGAGGGAAAGGGGACCCUAGAUGCAAACAAAACAAUGAGACACCAGCAUAAUACUCUCCAUUUUGAUGAUAUGUACAUGGUUGUGCUGCAUGAGGUACUUUUGUGGAGAUUGCCCUUUUUGAUACACUACAGCCUUAUCCGAUAGGUCAGCAUUACAACAAGGAUGCGAGGAGUUAUAUGGCUAGGUUCAGACCACAGCUGGUCAGUACAAUUCCUGCAUGCGUUAGCCUUAUGUCUUGCAGCAGAUGGCACACUUGGCAUUUGCUUCUAUUCUGACCUAAACCUGAGAAACCUGUGUCCCAUAAUCACUGCCAGGGACUUGUGCAACAGUUCCAUAAAUAGUUGAUAGUAUCAUGGUGUUUGCAGCCAAUCAGGCAAAGCUGACUCUGACAAAUCUGUCAUUCCCCUUUACAUAUACUGUACGACUGAAGGAAGGACAACAUGCAGUUGGAGAGUUAGCAAAUUAUUCACAUGAUGGGGCUUUGGGAUGAAUAGGCAGUUUUAAUCGGCAAGAAGGGGAACAGGUAUUGGUACCUGUGGGACAAGUAAAGCAUUGAAGAUACUGGCAUUUCAAGAACCAGGCAGUUUUGGGGCUGGCAGGAACAGCAGGAUACAGAGACUGGGGGAUUAUUUUCAAGUAGACACUUCGGUGAAAGCCUUGUUUUUCUGGAUAAAUUUUUGGAACCAGAAAAGCAUUUUGGAUUUACAAGUGAAAAUCAUUAAUUUGUGCAAGUAUCAGACAUGAAACAUUGCUUCAUCUCAAAAUUGACAUGCAAGUAUUUGUAAAUAGGUUGAAUGAUGAAAACAGGUAAAAUGGAAGAAGUAAUGUACAAGCACAGCAUAAAUAUUUCUGAAGUUAUCCCUAAUGGCUCUAGGCCUCAGUUUACAGAUUUUGACUCAUGUCAAGCUUCUUCGCCUGUAAUGUUCCUAUUGAUCCUUGCAUAUAGUGUAGUGACCAUCAUAGGACUUUUUGGUAAUCUCUGCCUCAUAUUCAUCAUAAAACGACAGAAAGAAAAUCAUAAUGUUACAAAUAUCUUGAUUGCAAAUCUUUCUGUAUCUGAUAUCCUUAUCUGUGUCAUGUGUAUUCCAUUCACUGUUGUGUACACGCUGAUGGAUUACUGGGUGUUUGGAGACGUAAUGUGCAAAGCAAACUCAUUUAUUCAGUGUGUAUCUGUCACAGUGUCUAUAUUUUCCUUAGUUCUGAUUGCUAUUGAAAGGCAUCAGCUAAUUGUAAACCCACGGGGCUGGAAGCCUGCUGUCUCCCAUGCCUGUUGGGGGAUUGUAUUGAUCUGGUUUAUAUCCUUAAUAAUCUCGUUUCCAUUUAUUGUAUUUCAUCUGCUUACAGAUGAUCCUUUUCGAAAUGUUUCUUCCCAUUCAGAAUUCUACAAAGACAAAUUUGUAUGUAUUGAGAUCUGGCCAUCAGAAAUAGAUAGACUUGUCUUUACAACGUGCCUCCUCAUUCUUCAAUACUUUGGCCCGUUGUGUUUCAUAUUUGUUUGCUACCUGAAAAUCUUCAUAUGCCUAAAGAAAAGAAAUGGUAUGGUAGAUAAAAUAAGAGAAAAUGAAAGUAGAAUAAAUGAAAGCAAAAGAAUAAACAUGAUGCUGAUCUCAAUUGUAGUGGCAUUUACAGUCUGCUGGCUGCCUUUGAAUAUCUUCAAUGUUGUCUUUGACUGGAAUCAUGAAGCUCUGAUGAACUGCCACUAUAAUCUUGUAUUUACACUGUGCCAUCUUACUGCAAUGAUAUCGACCUGUAUUAAUCCCAUUUUCUAUGGAUUUCUCAAUAAGAAUUUCCAGAAGGACUUACAUAUGCUAAUUCAUUGCAAAUACCAAUCUACCCAGGAAGAGUAUGAGAAUAUUGGGCUCUCAGCCAUUCACACAGAUGUGUCCAAAUUCUCACUGAAAGUAAACAAUUCCUCCCCAAAUAUAUAAAAUAAAUUUGAAAUUGAUCACAUUUUACAGUAAUACUUCUAAUUAUUUGAUAGAUAAUUAACAUACACAGGAUUUUGAUAUUGACAGUUUUAUCUAUGAUUUUGAAACGUUUCUUAAAGUAACAACAGAAUUAAAAGGCUAUUAGUAGAAUGUUCAUUGAAAGAAGUUUAUUCAGUCCUAAAUUAACUACAUUAACACUUGAUGAGCAGAUAUCAUGUCUAGAACAGUUUGUGUUACAGUUUCUCCCAAGUUUUUGUAUUGCUUACAUUCAAGGUAUUGCUAAUAAUGUACUUUAUAAUUACUGUCAGUAUAUCACUAUUGCAUUCCAUUAACACUGAAUUUACAUAAUUUACAAAUGCGUGAUACAGAUAUUCACAUAGGCAGUUUUAUUAAGUUCCUGCAUGUGAGUAUUUUUUUAAUGUAUCAAUAUUGGUUAUAUUUACUGCAUUAAAUAGUAAUCAAUCAUAUAAUGCCUUCAUAGUAACUAAUCCAACUUUCAAAGAAUACAACGGACAAGUUCAGGAUCGAACAUUUUAAUAAUAUUCUUCAAGCAAAGACAACAUACUGAAUUAUACAUAAAACAAAAUGGAACUUUACAGCAAAACAAUCGCAACCACACUCAUGAUCUUCUUAAUAUUCAUGUUUCAGCUAUCAGCCAAAGCUGAUCAGACCUAUUUUUAAAUGAACAUUGCACUUCAGAAAUAUUAUACAUGAAGUAAAAUAUACACUAAAUAAUAGAUACAGACAAGUGGCAUUGAAAUGGAACUCUUAAGUGGGUUAAUUGCUUCGUGGUUUUGGAAAAAUUUAAUGCUAAUUAUAGAUAUGUAAUUGAAUUAGAAACACAUGGAGAUGGAACUCGAUUUCACUCCUGAGGCAGCAGAUUUCCUGGCUUAGGGCUUUCAUUUCGGGAAAGUAUCCUGAUUGGGCACGAGAUGGAUUUGAUCCUGCUAGCAGCAGGGACAGCUCAGUGGUGAGACAGGCUUUUUAAAAAUCUAGCCUUGUUUCUUUGGUCCUUUGUCUGAGUUGUUUUGUUAAGUAUUAGGCCCUCUCAUCCUCACACCUCAUCAUAUCCCCAUACAAUCCCUCUAUCCAAUCGAUACCAACCAAUGUUGCCACCCACCCUCUAUAGUCCCUUAUAGCAUUCAUGCCAAAUUAAUGCCAACUCAUUCCAUCUACCCACACCCUUUCCAUUGCAUGUUCAAUGUGAAUCUCUCCAUAAUCCAUCCUGGGCAGACCUUCAGAGCUAUGUUAAGAUGAAAUAAAAUAAAGGCCUAAAUAUCAAUUGCAGCUUUCACAACAAUAAACACUCACACUCAUGAAAGCCCAUUAAAGAUUUUGUAAAAAGCCCCUUAUUUAAACAGAAAAAUUUGUUUUCAUAACCCCAUAUCACAACCAAUAAAGCUUUAACAAUCUCUUUGAGUUAUGUACCACUGGGAGAAGAUUUCAGAAAGCAGCCAAAUAUUAAGAAUGAAAUACUGAUUGCCCCUGAGACAUUAUCAACCAUCAGCGUUGUAACUACCUGGACAGGUGUUUUUGAACUCUCACUGACACAGGCAGGCUGCUUUUUAUUGAAUUUUUGAAGGGCAUAGAAUUUAAAUAACCUCACAGCUUGAGUUUUGUUUCGGUACUCAUUGACACAGACAGGCUCUGCUUUUUGAUUUUUACAGAGUUGAGGAUUUAAAAAAUCAAUAUCUUGACAGUUCUAUAUACUUUACCUAUCCUUCAAAGGAUUUAUGUAUCUUCAUAUAUUUAUGGCACAUAUACUAUUGUUAAAGUCCUUUGCUGCAGUGAAAAUGAUGUCUAAUUAAACUUAACAGUAAGUUCAAAUGGCCCUGCUGAAUUUGGUGUUCCCGCCUUGUCACUUUUCUCCUACUAGUGUCACUGGGUUAGAAUGUCUGAAAUGUUCUUUCCUAGGCCUGUGGAAUUUUCAAGACUCUUUGAGAUCCAUGCCCAUGGCUGUAGAGAACACUUUUCAGUAAUAAUGCAGCAAUUGGCCAAUUUUACAACUCAAUAGCUCAAAUGUUCUUUCUACUAGCCAUUGGAAUCUGAAUGGAUUCUAUGAAAGACAUCAUGGUGAGUUAAAACAACAUUCUCUACAUCCAUUCAUCCAAAUAAAUAUCUGAUCAGUGAAACUGAGUUUUAAUAUGCACUGACUACUUCAUGCAAGUGUACAGUACUCAUAAAAAUAUAAUUUUAAACUGAUAUAUCUCCCUAAUUUAUUUCUAUAUAUUAUCAAUUUACACUUAUUUCAAACAGUAAGUUAUAAUCUGAAACUUUCCAGUACUGAUUAGAUUUGGUGGAUUUCAAUGGUCCUCAUUGCUUUGAUAUCAAAGACGAACAGUGUCUGUAAAUCGACAAAAAAUAUUUUAAUUUUACAGCAUCACUCAGAAGCUACUAAAAGAGCACUGACUUCAUACGAGAAAUGUUGGCAAACCUUUUUCGUACAUUCACUAAAGCAAUGCAAUGACACAUAAUUAGAAAUUACGAUGACUAAAUUAAUGUGUGACCUCUCUCUCUUAACUCCCAAAGAAGUUGGUGUCCUGAAGAGAAUGUAUUCUCCAGACCUCCUCAUGUGUAUAAAAUAAGCAACACAAUAAGAAUACUGCAAGGCAAAUAGACAAGAAACAAUGGAUGAGUUUAGAGGAAUAUAGUAAGAAGCCCUUUACCUUGUUUGUGAAUGAUCACAUUCUGUUACUCAUGCUGAAUAACAUUACUGUUAACAUAAUGCAUCAUGUACCUAGUACCAUACAUUUAUGUCAAAUUCCAUUAUGAAGUAACUGAAAGAGAUAUGCAGAUUCAUUUGAGUGUUUGGGGGAAGUUUUCAUUUUUCAUUUGAAAACUAGAGGUAAUAGUACAAAAUCUAAUUUUAGUCAGUAAAUGGAUCCUUACUUGAAUGUCAAUACAAUGCUACAGAUCAUCAGGUUACUGUAUUUCUUUACAUUCAGCCAUCCAUCAGUAAAUAUUUGAUAUAGUGUAUAAAGUAUGCAAUUUAGUGAAAUUGUGGAUAAUUGCGUAUUUUGUUUAACAUUAUUUAAUGGAGAAAGUUAUUUUUGCAUGGAAACAAUAUUAUAAUCAGAGAAAUAUUUGGCCUUCCUGUGAAGCAUAAUCUGCUGACAGAAUUAAAUCUGUUCUAUCAGUAUUUGUUGUCAGCAGUUCAAGAUAACCACUCAAUUUAAUUUCAACAGUAUAUGUCUGAUUAAUGGAGGAAUAGAUGUUUAACACCCAAAUACUGCAAACCACAAAAACCUUCUUGUAAUGUAAUGACUUGGUUGAUUUAUAUUUUAUGCAGAAAUGUAGUGGGUGAUAAUUAUUUGAACACUAAAGUGAAGAUUAAACUCUAACCCUAAAAGAUGCACAGUCUAUAGCCACAGUGUUAUUGUAAUAACUUGCAUGACAUCAGUUGAUGUGCUUGAAACUUAAAUAUUUCACAAUUAUUAUCUUUCCAUCUUAUUUGCAUAAAUUAGAAUAUUUCAUUCAGCAAAUAAUAUUCUGACGUAAAUGUUUCUGCCUCUUAACCGACUAAAGUGAUUAUAUUUUCCAGUCAUAUAUUUUGGAUUGAUGUAGUUUACAUAUAAGACUUUAUCAAGAUUUUUUUCCAUUUUCCAUUACAUUUUGCAAUUGGACAUCCCAUUAAAAGUUUCAGCCAGAUGUUAUAAGAAGUCUGUGUGCUGAAUUGCCAUUAGAAGUCUACCUUUAAUCGUAAUUGCUAUAAAAAUUACAUUCCAAAGGAAAAUAUUCUUUGUUAACAACCAUAAAUCAUGCCACAGAAAAAAGCUGAUAUUUACAUUAAUAGUUGGUGAACACAUAUCAAACUAAUCUAUUUAACUCUUAAAAUAUUAAUUACUUUUCACUGACUUUGAACUAAUGAUCAACAAUUACAAGAAUUGGCAAGUUGUGAGAAGAUUUGUAACUCAGGUUGAGGUUCUGGAUCUACGUUUCCUCACUGAGCUGGAAGGUUCGUUUUCA